GGGGCCAUGGCGCGGCGGGACGGCGGUGGCCGGGCUUUGCCCCGCCUGUGGCUGUGGCUGGCGCUGUGGGGGCUGUGGGGCGGCGGCGGCGCCGGAGGGGCCGGCCCCCUGCCCUUCGCCGCGGGGCCGCCGGCCGCCUGCAGCCCCCGCUGCCAGCACGGCGGGCUCUGCCUCGCCAACGGCACCUGCCUCUGUUCCAAGGGCUACGAGGGCGAGCGCUGCCAGCACGCCACGUGUUAUCCAAAAUGCAAAAAUGGUGGGGAGUGCCUCAGGCCUGGAAAGUGCAGAUGUCCACCUGGCUAUGGGGGUAGAUACUGCCAUAAAGUAAGCUGUGAGGGAGGCUGUCAGAACGGGGGGGAAUGCAUCUCUGUCAAUGGAGUUGUGAAAUGCCUUUGUGCUUCUGGCUGGACAGGAUCAAGAUGCCAAGAAGCAAUUUGUCCUCAAGGUUGUCGGAAUAAUGGAGCUUGUGUGGCUCCUGGGAUUUGUAGCUGUCCGGCGGGAUGGGUCGGCGGAGCGUGUCACUUAGCUCUCUGUGAGCUCCCUUGUCAGCACGGGGGGAAAUGCAUCGCUCCCAACGUCUGCAGGUGUCGGCUGCCCUACUCGGGUCUGCAGUGCACAAAGAAAAGGAAGGAAUGAAGAAAAUUCAGUAAAAUUCAACUGCGUCUUCUUCGUGGAACUCUUUGUGCAGAGGUGGAGUCAGCAGCAGUGGGGGACCUUAAAAGAACACUUGGUAACUAAUUAAUUUCAGAUAGGUGGUUUUUUUAUUUUUUUUUGUUUGUUUGUUUUCAGUAUAUUAAGUAAAGGCUUUUCUGUAUGAAGGAAAAGUACAGCUGAUUGUAACACAGCUGUUACAAGUGUCCAAGUGUGUGUAGUGUAUGGCACGUGGCUUCUUCUGUCCUCAUUUUUCUUCUAAGCAGAAGUAUCAUGUCUUGGUUGAUGCAGCUGACCUUGAAAUAAAAUUUGCUCUUCAAAUAAAGUACUUCAGAAUA